AUGAGUUAUUUGGGAGUUGGAGUUAGUCCCGGAAAUGUCCCAGUCUACCAUGGCAAAAGCUUGAAGGUGAUUGACAGAAGAGUGAGGCUAGCUGAGCUGGUUCUCAGAAUCUUGACUUGUGGGCUUGCUGUUCUCUGUGCUGUUCUUGUAGCUACUGAUAGCCAGACCAAGGAGUUCUUCUCCAUUCAGAAGAAAGCUAGCUACACUGACUUGAAAGCCCUUGUGUUUCUGGUGGUGGCAAAUGCAAUAGCAGCAGCCUACUCUUUUGUCCAAGUGGUGAGGUGUGUUGUGAGUAUGGUUAGUGGGAAUGUGCUGUACAACAAGCCCUUGGCUUGGCUCAUCUUCUCUGGAGAUCAGGCCAUGGCUUACAUGACUGUGGCAGCAGUGGCAGCUGCAAUCCAGUCGUCUGUGUUCGCAAAGACAGGACAGCCUCAACUUCAGUGGAUGAAGACUUGCGAUAUGUACGCCAAGUUCUGCAACCAAGUCGGAGAAGGAUUGGGGAGCGCGGUCAUAGCCUGCAUCGGCAUGGUGGGGGUUUCCUGCAUUUCAGCCUUUGGCCUCUUCAGGCUGUACAACAACAAGGGCAAGAGCGACGCGAGGUGGGAAGGAAGGGAAGUAGAAGAGAUGUCGGAGAAGUUCUCGCCGACGCUAAGGAUCGGGGAUCUCAAUGAUUUCAUAGCUCCGUCUCAAGCUUGUGUGGUCUCUUUGAAAGGGAUCAAGGCUAAUAUUAAUGUUACCAAGAAGCCUGCUAGGCCCGAGGUGGCGGUUGGGAUCAAUCGGGAGACGGAGCCGGUGAAGAUUUCUCUGAAGGACUGUUUGGCAUGCAGUGGAUGCAUUACUUCAGCGGAGACAGUAAUGCUGGAGAAGCAGAGUUUGGAUGAAUUCCUAUCUAAUAUCGAUAACGGCAAAGCUAUCAUUGUUUCCCUCUCACCACAGUCCAGAGCUUCUCUUGCUGCUCAUUUCAGCCUCUCUCCACCUCAGGUGUUCAGGAAACUCACGACAUUUUUUAAGUCCUUGGGAGUAAAGGCUGUAUUUGAUACAAGUUGCAGCAGAGACUUGGCACUAAUUGAGGCUUGCAAUGAGUUUGUCAGUCGAUAUAAAGAAAGCCUCUCGAAUCAAGCUGAAAAAUCCAAAGUAUUAUUGCCUAUGCUUUCAUCUGCAUGUCCAGGUUGGAUUUGCUAUGCCGAGAAGCAACUAGGAUCUUAUAUUCUCCCUUAUGUAUCUUCUGUCAAGAGUCCCCAACAAACGAUGGGGACGAUCAUUAAGCGUCAUGCAUGCUAUAGGAUGGGUCUUAGACCGGAUGAUGUUUACCAUGUCACCAUAAUGCCCUGUUAUGAUAAGAAGCUCGAGGCAUCAAGGGAUGACUUCACUUUCGAACUUGAAUCACCGGAACAAACCAAUGACAACGGAGCAACUGUUACAGAGGUAGACUCGGUUUUGACAUCUGGUGAAAUUCUGGAUCUGAUAAAGUUGAAAGCAGUGGAUUUCAAAGCCCUAGAAGAAUCUCCUCUUGAUAGAAUGUUGACAAAUGUUGACGAACAAGGGCAUCUCUAUGGGGUAGCUGGCAGUUCUGGGGGUUAUGCAGAGAUAAUUUUCCGUAAUGCUGCAAAAACCUUGUUUGGAAGAGAAAUCGAAGGCCCGCUGAACUUCAGAACUAUAAGAAACACAGAUUUUCGCGAAGUGUCUCUGGAAGUGGAUGGGAAAACUGUCUUGAAGUUUGCCUUAUGUUAUGGUUUCCAGAACCUGCAAAACGUUGUGAGAAAAGUCAAGAUGGGAAAAUGUGAUUACCAUUUCGUGGAGGUUAUGGCAUGCCCUGCAGGUUGCUUAAAUGGUGGUGGUCAAAUCAAGCCAAUCCAGGGGCAGUCUCCGAAAGUGUUGCUUCAAUCGAUUGAAGCCGUUUACAUGGACAAUGUUGUGAAUGCAGAUCCAUACAACAAUCCUCUUGUUCGAGGUUUAUAUGAUGAAUGGCUUGGACAGCCUGGUUCCGAGAAAGCUAAGCUAUACAUGCACACAGAAUAUCAUCCCAUCGUCAAGAGCAUAACUGCACAGUUACACAACUGCUCUAUUUCAGAUCAUCAGGACAGCGACUUCAGGUUGAAUGGCUUAAACGAGCUCUUCGAGUAUAAGUAG